AAAUUGUAGCAAAAAGAAACACCGCAAUGCACGAGAAUAUCAGUGAGAGAUAUGCGUCUUUGAAUCGAGGCUAGUUAAUAAUUGAACGUCCCAAGGACGGCGAAGUAAACAACUCAUUGAAUUUGAUUGAUACCUAGGUGGCAAGAGUGCAUUACUUUGACAACAGUUUCGCGGUAAGUUCUGAAAGGCUACAGUAUUUUCAGAACUCUCUUCAUAUUUAUAGAAGCACGUUGUCCGAAGUUUGAAGAAUUCUUCAAAUCUUUUGCACCAGAUUUGAAAGUUUGCAAUUUGUAGCUUUUAUUUAAUUUGCUCGGCUCUGAUAUGCCAAAGUAAAGAUGGAGAUGUAUGUUAGUGGAUUCUAAUAAAGAACGUAUGUUAAUAUUUCUCCGAUUAAUUGGCCGCGUAUGACAGACUUUCCGAUUUUUCAUAAUUAUUGGGUCUUCAAUUUUACUUUUGUCUUUUAUUCAAUCUGAAUACCAUCCAUAUAAAUAAUAAAUCUUGUUUGCGAUAACAUAACCAGAGAAACUUUAUAGGUUGCUUAGAUGCCGUUUUGAAAAUUUGCUUUGCAGAUUUAUCAGCCCAAGGUUGAAAUUCAUCUAACAUGCUUAGCAAAUAAUGUUGCGUUAUCUAUGGUUUUACUUUAGCUAUAAUAUUCGAAUCCGUUAUAUAAACUUUUUUUGCUUGAAGAUGGGAUUUUCUUGAAAUUUUUCCUGUCUUGAUGGACGAUUGGAACCUUUUUGACCUGCAUCAUUGCAAUGAGAGCUGUCGUUUUUGUUUAACAACAAGUUUCAGGUGUUGCUUGACAAUAGUAUGACUCCCUGCAUAAAGAAGAAUGGCUUUGAAGAAGAGAGACUUCCAGAAGCUUGUUAAUUUUAUCAAAGAAUUUCAAAGCAGACUUCCAUGUGGUGAGAGCGCUGCUGAACUUCGUGAUUCUUUGAACCUUUCCCUUUUACAUAUGCACAAGUUUUAUAAAAGAGUUAGAGUAAGGUGUCUCAAUGGACCAUAUACAUUGGAUGGAAGCUUGUCUUUAAGUGGACCACUCAAUGGAACUACCAGUCCUGUGUCUCCUUUCAUUUCACCAGUUGACAGGUUUAGUUGGAGAUGGCUUAAUCUAGAUGUUGGAAAACUUUCUGCAAGUUUUGGUCAUGGUGAUAACUCCAAUUUUGUUCCAGAAAUAUUUUAUGCCAUUAAAGACUGUGACAUAGGUCAGAUGGAAAAACUUCUUCAGAAAGAUAAAGACAGCCCUAACGAAUUAGAUGCCAUUGGCCGCACCACAGCAAUGUAUGCUACUAAUGGUGGAUCAACUGACCAUUUAAACUGCUUGAAAUUUCUCAUUGCCAGAGGAGUUGACUUAAAUCACCAGAGCAACGAUGGGUUUACAUGUUUGCACAUCGCAUGUCAUUAUGGGUAUGAUGAUUUCAUAGACACACUGCUACAGACCAAUGUGAAUAUUGACACCCAAGACGCUGAUGGAAGGACUCCUCUCCAUUUUGCAGCAGCCUACUGUUCACAGGAAAUGCUACAGAAGCUGGUGUUAACUGGUGCAGAUCCAUCAGUUCAAGAUGGCGAAGGUCUGACUGCUGCUAUGUGGGCGUGUCACUUUGAUCAGCUUGAGAAUCUCCAAUUGUUAUUAGCUGCUCAAGAGAGAUCGAAUGUAUCACCAGAGGCCAGGUUUCAGUCUGUGGAUAACCUUGGAAGGACAAUUUUACAUUGGGCUGUUAGCAGAACCACUAACAUUAACUGCAUGAAGGUUUUGCUCAACGCUGAAACAGCGCACCUGUGCGAUGAUGAAGGAAAAACAGUAUUUCUGUAUGCAGCUGAGAAUGGGUGUGUGCCUGCCUGUGAAGAGAUUUUGAAUUUAUGUUCAGAGGAUGUUUUGGAAGAAACCGACGAUGGGGGUCGAACAGCGUUGCAUUUGGCAGCGAUGGGUGGUCACGGGGAGGUAGUUGACUUUCUUUUAAGCAAAGGAGCUGUCUCAGACAGAAAGGAUAAUCAAGGAGCAUCUCCAUUUGACUUUGUCACCUCAAGAAACCUCAAUUACUGUAGCUUGGUUUUGACAUCCUAUCAGCGGUACCGUGAAAAGCUUUCAAAUAUGCAUGCAAAGCUAGUUGAGCCAAGACCAGCUGACCCACAACAUAAAGAAAAUAAAUCUCAAGACAUUGGAGACGAAAUGAAGGCGAAAACAUUUGCAAUAGAUGACCAGCAGGCUCAGCACGAGGCUGAAAAAGCAGGUGAACUGGUAGUAGACCAUGAAAGCGAGGCAGUUUUAAGAGAGAGAAGUAAUUCUAUUGAGGUUGACAACAAGUCAUUGAAAAUAGAUUGUCAAGAUAUAGUGGGAUUUGAGGUUGAAGGGGACAUUGAAGAAGACGACGAAAUGUGCGUGCAAGAAAUAGAGUCGACUGAUCAACCGAGGGUAGAAAAUGCUGAUGCCACAAAAUAUACCGUGAAGCCCGAAUCAUGGUCCAAUUCACCAACCAGCCUUUCGGCUGUGCUUGAUGCCGAUGGAACAAGUUAUUCCAAGGCUGGAGGGGACAUUGCUGACGCGAAAAGAAAUCUUACGUAUGACCCGUCUAAAAGGGCAACGCUGGACAGUAGAAGUGAAACUAAGAUGUCAGAUGCUAAUGCCGAUGAAGAAAAUUUGAAAGACGGUAAGCAGGUUGAGCGAUCAAUUAUAGGAAUGAAAGGUGGGUCGAAUCUGGAAGUACCUGUAAUUAAAAAAGAAGUUGUACCACCUGAAGAGAUGCCCGAACUUAAUGAUUUCGAAGAGGAAGAAUAUGAAUUUGAAGACGUUAGUUUAGGGUUAGCAGAUCAGAAAAUUGUACUCGUUGGUCUUCAUGAAGGGGACAAUGGCUUUGAAAUUGACGGAGUGAAUGAUUUGGAAUUUGAGGAUGCAGAAGACCAUGUUUCACUAGACCAAGGCUUAGAAAACCAAGUGUCCGAUGCUGGAGAGACAGUGGACAUUCUUAGAGUUGAUAAUGGUCAAGAUCAAGACCUGCUCGAAACUUCAAGGCUCAGUCCAAGAAUUGAAAGUGUGACUGGUCUUAUGGAAACAAACACUGUGCCUGCUAACCACAGUGCUAGCGUCAACAUGAGUGUAUCCAGUCUUCGCAGUGACAGUGAUGAAGAAGAUGCACAGUCAAACACAAAGGAAAGAAUUUCAAAGCUCGAUAGCAAGCUUCCAAUGCAACCAUUCGACGAAAGACCGCUGAAUCAGCUAGAAUACAGAGAUCCUUUUUCUAAAGUAAAACCCGCAGCACCGUUUGAAGAGGGAAUGUCUCGUGUCAAAAGGAACGAAGAGACACGUGCUAAAACAAGCCAUUCGAAGCGGAAAGAUAAAAAAGAGAGCCAAAAAAGCAAGCCAUCGUCACCGAAAGGAAAACAGGAUCCUGCAUCGCCAGGCCCUUCAAGAAUACACCUUGGACCGUUGGAGCCAAUGAAACCUCUGCAGCCAAUAAUUCCACCACAAGGGUUCCAAGGAAACAGAGGCGGAAGUCAAGGACAGUUUCCAGAAGCUUUUGAUUCAAUGCUGCCAGUUUCAUCACGAAGUCCUGUCGAGCGCUCAAAUGCGCUGUCGAGUCCAGUUGAAAGCCCCAGAUCAAAGGGUAACCAGCUGCCUUCACCACGAGGAGGCUUCGAUUCACGCGACACUGCCAAACUUUCACAUAUUCCAAGACCAACAAGCCCUUCAAAUCGGAACAAGCAAUUCGCUAGUAAUUCCUUUCCGCCGAGACCACCAGUUGGUCGAUGAAGCGACUUUGUGGAAAGUUUUCUUAUUAAUUUGUGUAUUAGCAUCGCGUCAAAAUCUCCUUGCGCUGAAAACAGUCAUUACAAAACUACCUAUUUAAGUUAAGAAUUUCUAGCUUAUGGCAGGGUAAGUUGAUGCACAGGUUUUUUCAAGUGACUCCAACGAUUUCAACGAUUCAAGUUAUGUACAAAGAGCAACGUUUAAAGAGUUUUGAAAGAAUAAACAGAUUGAAUUAUAGCGCUCUUGUUGAAAUAAGGAAAAACAAGCUGUCUCUUUACGGGAUAUGAAAUUGCAACAAAAUGUUUCUUAAUUAACGGGAAUUUUUCUUAGAAAUGGGUUUUGCUUCUACAGAAGCAACAAUGUCCGAAACUAUAUAGGAAAUAUACAAUAUGCUUCA